UCUUUGCUGGGAGUAUUUGAAGAAGAUGCUGCUGCAAUUUCCAAUUACGUUAAUCAGUUAUUUCAAGCCAUGCACAGAAUAUAUGAUGCACAGAAUGAAUUAAGUGCAGCAACUCAUCUGACUUCAAAGCUUCUGAAGGAAUAUGAGAAACAGCGUUUUCCACUAGGGGGAGAUGAUGAAGUGAUGACUUCCACUCUACAACAAUUUGCAAAAGUGAUAGAUGAGCUCAGCUCUUGCCAUGCAGUACUUUCAACGCAACUUGCGGAUGCAAUGAUGUUUCCUAUUACCCAGUUUAAAGAAAGGGAUCUAAAAGAGAUACUAACUCUAAAAGAAGUUUUCCAAAUUGCAAGCAAUGACCAUGAUGCUGCCAUUACCAGAUACAGUCGGUUGUCAAAAAGGAGGGAAAAUGAAAAGAUCAAGGCUGAAGUGACAGAAGAUGUAUACACUUCAAGGAAGAAACAGCAUCAGACUAUGAUGCAUUAUUUCUGUGCAUUAAAUAGUCUUCAGUACAAAAAAAAAAUCGCUAUGCUAGAACCUUUGCUAGGAUACAUGCAAGCUCAGAUAAGUUUUUUUAAAAUGGGUUCAGAAAAUCUUACUGAGCAAUUGGAAGAAUUUUUGACCAAUAUUGGCACAAGUGUACAGAAUGUUCGCAGGGAAAUGGAGCGUGAAGUAGAAAACAUGCAACAAACUAUAGAAGACUUGGAAGUAGCUAGUGAUCCACUGUAUUUGCCUGAUCCCGAUACUACAAAAUUUCCCGUUCAUAGAAAUCUAACACGGAAAGCUGGCUAUCUCAAUGCAAGAAAUAAAACAGGGCUGGUAUCUUCCAGUUGGGAAAGACAGUUUUACUUCACCCAAGGUGGAAAUCUCAUGAGCCAGGCAAGAGGAGAUGUAGCUGGGGGACUUGUCAUGGAUAUAGACAAUUGUUCUGUAAUGGCUGUGGACUGUGAAGACAGACGGUACUGCUUUCAGAUAACAUCUUUUGAUGGCAAAAAAUCUUCAAUCCUGCAGGCAGAGAGUAAAAAAGACUAUGAAGAGUGGAUAUGCACCAUAAACAACAUAUCUAAACAGAUAUAUCUGAGUGAAAACCCCGAGGAAAUUGCUGCCCGUGUAAAUCAGUCAGCUCUGGAGGCUGUGACCCCAUCUCCUUCCUUUCAGCAGAGGCACGAGAGCAUGCGGCCAGCUGUACAAUCUCGUCCUCCUGCAGCUCGUACCAGCAGCACGGGGUCACUGGGAUCUGACUCAGCAGCUUUAUCGGCACUUUCCUUGGAUUCACUGGUUGCCCCUGACACUCCAAUACAAUUUGAUAUAAUAUCUCCAGUUAGUGAAGAUCUGCCUGGUCAAGCAAAAUCUUCAGGGCAGUCAGGCAGACGCACAAAUCCUUUUGGUGAAUCUGGAGGCUCAAAAUCUGAAACAGAAGAUUCAAUUCUUCAUCAGUUAUUUAUUGUAAGAUUUCUUGGCUCUAUGGAGGUGAAGUCUGAUGAAAGUCCUGAAGUUGUUUAUGAAACAAUGCGGCAAAUACUAGCAGCUCGUGCCAUCCAUAAUGUUUUCAGAAUGACAGAAUCACAUUUAUUAGUCACUUGUGACUGUUUGAAGUUAAUUGAUCCACAGACACAAGUUACAAGACUACGAUUUCCUUUGCCCAAUGUAGUCUUAUAUGCUACGCACCAGGAGAAUAAGCGCCUUUUUGGAUUUGUGCUUAGAACUUCGGGAGGGAGAGUUGAGAGCUACCAGACUUCCAUCUGCUAUAUAUUUGAAUCAAAUAAUGAAGGCGAAAAGAUUUGUGACUCUGUUGGACUGGCAAAACAGAUAGCUUUUCAUGCAGAACUGGAUCGAAAAGCAUCAGAAAAGCAGAAAGAAAUAGAUAGAGUCAAAGAGAAACAACAAAAAGAACUGAAUAAACAAAAACAAAUUGAAAAGGACUUAGAGGAGCAAAGCCGGUUGAUCGCUGCUUCCAGUAGAUCGAACCAGAGCAGUGGAGAAGGACAAUUUGUAGUCCUUAGCAGUAGCCAGUCGGAAGACAGUGAUUUAGGAGAAGAUGGAAAGAAGAAGAGAGAAUCUGAAGCCUAA